CUUUACUCACUGUGGGUGUCUACUGUGGUGCUGGCAAGUCUGAAGUAUGCACCUAAGCAAAGACGAGAGGCUGGAGCUGGGCUUGAAGACGGAGGGUGCAGACAAUCUGGCCUUUGGGGGCAAAGAUGGUGAUGAACAGCCAGACGUCCUCAUUGGGGAGUCUCACACGGAGGCCCGCCAGAAGACUGUGGACACAGGUGCGGACCUGGUUUACUCCCUCAAUGACCGCCCCCCAUGGUAUCUCUGCAUCCUGCUUGGAUUCCAGCAUUAUGUGCUGGCAUUUGGCGGCAUCAUUGCUAUCCCGCUCAUCCUGGCCGAGCCCCUGUGCAUCAGUGACAACAAUGUGGCUAAAAGCCAGCUCAUCUGCACCAUCUUCUUUGUGUCUGGCCUGAGUACGCUCCUGCAGACGGCUGUCGGCAUCAGGCUUCCAAUCCUCCAGGGUGGGACCUUCAGCUUCAUCACACCCACCAUUGCCAUUCUGUCUCUACCCAAGUGGCAGUGUCCGGUCCCUCAAGGGCCCGCCAUGUUGUCCAUGCACCUGCAGAAUGGCACCAGCCCACUGCAGAUGGAAAACAGUGACGAGGUGUGGAUGUCUCGAAUGCGUGAGAUCCAAGGAGCCAUUUUGGUGUCGUCGUUGGUUCAGAUCAUGCUGGGCUUGACUGGGCUGGUGGGCUUUGUGCUGAAAUACAUCGGACCCCUGGCCAUUGCCCCCACCAUCAGCCUCAUCGGCUUGUCCCUGUUCAUCGAGGCUGGCAAGAAGUCAGGCGGUCACUGGGGGAUUGCUGCUCUCACGGUGUGUCUCAUCCUGCUGUUCUCACAGUACCUCAGCAAGGUGGACGUCCCCCUCAUCGCCUACAAGGACAAGAAGUGGAAGGUGUUCCAUUAUCCUCUCUUCAAGCUGUUUUCGGCAUUGUUUGGGAUGUGUGGCGGCUGGCUGUUCUGCUACCUGCUGACCAUCUUUGAUGUGCUGCCAUCAAAGGCGGCUGAUUACGGCUUCUCUGCCAGGACUGACAUCAACACGGACGCCAUCACCACCUCGCCAUGGUUCCACAUCCCGUACCCAGGUCAAUGGGGUUUGCCCACCGUGAGCGUAUCAUCUGUGUUGGGCAUGAUGGCAGGCGUCCUGGCAUCAACCAUGGAGUCCAUUGGUGACUACUACGCCUGCGCUCGACUGUCGGGCGCUCCACCUCCGCCCACCCAUGCCCUCAACCGAGGCAUCGCUGUGGAGGGCAUUGGUUGCAUCCUUGCCGGCCUGUGGGGGACCGGGAAUGGAACCACCUCCUACAGCCAGAACAUCGCUGCACUUGGUAUCACCAAGGUUGGCAGCAGACUGGUACUCCAAACAACUGGAAUUCUUAUGAUUGUCCUGGGAAUCUUUGGGAAGUUUGGAGCCGUUUUUAUUACAAUCCCGGAUCCAGUUAUCGGAGGCAUGUUUCUUAUUAUGUUUGGAAUGAUUGCGGCAGUGGGAAUAUCCAACCUGCAGUAUGUGGACCUCAACUCGUCCCGUAACCUCCUCAUCCUCGGCUUCUCUACAUUCAGUGGCCUGGUGCUGCCCACCUGGUUCCACUCCAACCCCGACAUCAUUGACACAGGAAUCAAAGAGCUGGAUCAGGUGAUCGUGGUGCUCUUCACCACCCACAUGUUCAUCGGAGGCUUUUUCGGCUUCAUCCUCGACAACACUAUUCCAGGUACGGAAGAGGAGCGAGGUCUGAGGAAGUGGCAGCACACAGCACAAGAGGGCACACAGGUCACGUGUGACUUGUCAUGCUAUGACAUUCCUUACUGCAACUUCCUAUGGAAACAGUCCCGCUUCUUCCAGUACCUUCCCUUCCUUCCAUCCUACAAGACCCAUCAAUAGGGGUCGCUCACUCACUCACCACUUGAGCCUCUUGACUUGUUUACUGCGGGCACAUUUCAAUGUGCACAACAUGGACUCACAAUCAGGACACUUGUUUCCAGAGCCAAAAGAAGCAAACCAGUUUGUAGGGAUGAGCCGGAUACUCGUUUUAAAGGAGUAUCCGUUAAGGAUACUGAUACAAGUAUGAAACAAGUACAUUUUGUCCUUAUCUGUAUUUGUGUUGAAAGAAAAUGUUCAUUAUGUAUUCACUCUUCAUGCUCUGUGAUUGGCCAGUCACACACAGCAACCGCCUCCACUUAGACCACGGCAAGCGGCAGCCACAAGGGAUGCCUCAUUUACGUACGCAGUAAAAUUGUGUGGUUGAAAAGUUACUUGGGAGACUUGUUCCAUAGCAUGCGUGGUGCAUAGCGCUGUGCACUCAACAACUCAUUUUUUCCUUGAAAUGCGUUUUUGUCUUAUUUAAGUCAUCAUAAAACAGCCGUGCUACCUACUGUAUAAGAAUUUUGGUAAUUUUCAGUUAGUAGCUGGGAUAGGCUUCAGCAAUGCAAAUGAAUGAAUGAAUGACUGAGUACACAGACUGUGGUAACGGUAACCUGCAUUGACUGGCCACAACAUUAGGUACACCUGCACAGUAGCGCAAGAACGGCAUCAAGCAUCCUGUGUGGCUGACAUAAAUGUGCUAAAAUAUUAUACCCCUCUCAAUACCUUGCAGUAUGCACCUUGCCAUCUUAAAGGGGACCUAUUAUGCUAAUUUUUCGACCCUUUGUAUUGAGUUGUUGACCCCUAUAGAGCAGCUACACACAAUAGCCACACACACAAUUACCUUAAUACGUCCCUUUUAAACUUAUGAACAGAUACGGAUACAGAUAGUGGUGUACUCAUCCCUACCAGUUAUAAAAUAAUCACUUGUGAUUAAUAGACAAUGAUUUUAAUUAUCAAUGAUCCAGCACUUUGAUAUUAAAGUUUUGUUUUUUUUUUACACUUAAACCCGUUAUAAAAUAUAAGAACUUGAAAAUAUUCAAUGUAUUCCAAUGUUUUUUUUAAAUAAGUUUAUUCCAAGUAAGCACUGAUUAAAUGUUUGUAUUAUUAACUUAAUAUUUAAAUAACAUAGUAUUUAUGAUUUUGGCUAUAUCUCCGCUUGGGCAUCUCUGUGUGGAGUUUGCAUGUUCUCCCGUGCAUGCGUGGGAUUUCUUCGGGUACUUCGGUUUCCUCCCACAUUCCAAAAACAUGCUAGGUUAAUUGGUGACUCCAAAUUGUCCAUAGGUAUGAAUGUGAGUGUGAAUGGUUGUUUGUCUAUAUAUGUAUGUGCCCUGUGAUUGGCUCCAGCAUACCCGCGACCCUAGUGAGGAUAAGCGGCCUAGAAAAUGGAUGGAUGGACAUAUGAAUGUAAGUAUAGUGUCAGUGGAAGUAGAAGAAAAUAACAUUAGUGCCCCAAGGCACCAACUGGGGUGUUGCCCGAGUUCUAUCUCGACUUUCUGUUGCGUCACUUUUUUUUAUAUUCCUACCAGGCGUCGGUGAGCUGCCAUGUUCUUCCAAGGUAAACAUUUUACUACCUCGUCACUAACUGUAGCCUUCACGCAGAGAUCAACUGAAUAACCUUUUCGUUACUAUUGUUUUGAUUAAUAGCCUUAAUUUUUUCAUUGUAUAGAAGUACACUGAUUUAAGAAGUUAUACGUUCUUUUGCAUUUUUGUACUUUAAUAAUAAUA